AUGGCCCCAACAUUGUACAAUCAGAAUCCAGAGCCUGGGGACCUGAUUGAGAUCUUUCGCGGCCCCUAUGAGCACUGGGCCGUGUAUGUUGGUGAUGGCUACGUUGUUCACUUGACAGCAGCCUCUGAUGUCCCGGGUUCCAGUUCCAAGAAUUUGUCGUCUGUUCCGAAUAAGAACGGCCUGGUUUACAAAGAGAAGCUGCAGGAUGUAGUUGGAACCAACAUGUGGAGAGUCAACAACAUCCUGGACAAUAAAUACAGACCCCGGCCGGUGGAUGACAUUGUGAAAGAUGCCUGUGCUCUGGUGGGCAUAAAGGUGACGUACGACGUCUCCAGUAGCAACUGUGAACAUUUUGCCACUGGGCUGCUCUACGGCAAGCCAAAGUCCCGGCAGUCUCCCGACUGGGGAGCACGGUGCGCGGCUGCACAGCCCAGCCAGCAGAAGCUCCUUUACAAGCAGCCGCCUGACGUGGGGAGCGGCCAGCUGGCAGACCGGCAGUCCGCCCGCUCCGAAGCGGGGAGCGGCUGGCCGGCCGCGGCUGAGCUGUCGGUGGGGGACUUCACUCAGGAGAUGAAGCAGCUGGCUGGACCCCGGUGA